AAUUAAAGGUGUUAGAUAAUGUUUCUACUGUUUAUGGGCGGUCGUAUCGCUUACCAUCAGGCGAACAGCAAGCUCGUCUCGUCAUUUAAAGCAAUAAAAAAAAACUUCUUUUUUAAGUAAAAUUUAAACCCCUCAUAGAACACAGCUAAACCAGUUGUAAAACCAUGAAAUUAUAGACAACUUCGUUAUUGACGCAAUCAAUAUGAAAUGAAUAUGAGGUUUUGAAACAUUCAUCCCUAGGGAGGGUAGGAGAUAAAAGUUUGAUUAAAAUUAUCGUUUGUGGAGAUUGAUAUAUAGGAUUUUUUUAUAUGUAUAUCAAUGUUCCUUGAUCGUCAAAUUAGUCUGGCGGCAACGUUAUGCUGUGAUUAAUGAUUUUCUUCAUUCGAGUUAAAGCCGGGCUUCACUUUUCAGUUUUUAGAUUAAAUUUGAGUUACCCAUUAAAUUUGUGUUCAUCAAUUUUGGUGAUACAUUCGUCUGCUAUCAUGGGUUAGAUACAAACUCUACAUAGUUAGGUCUCCGCCGGAAGGUAUGUGGUCAUCUCAUUUUUGAGUCAUAAAAAAAUUAAGUGAGAAUUGGUUUAUAUUAAUAUAUUGUGACAUAGCAGAUGAGUAGUCUUCUUAGAAAUGCUCGCGUGAGUAUAUAUGUGAUUUAAUGAUUAUGAAGGAAGAAGUUGUUUAUUUUUAUAUACUUUGUUAGAGAGUAUGGUACAUAAUUAUAGGCCUAAGGGGCCUUUUAGUCCACGCACUCGAUCCGACGAAAUAACAACUGGCUCAAAUACCCUCGUUCUUUCUCUAUUGUCUACAACCUCAAGCCUGGGUUACAUGAUCUUUUAAUGUACUUAUAUUUAUAGUGAUGAUUUAAUUUCAUCCUGAUUCCUCUAUCGGUAUGUUGUAAAAAUCUAGCAUGGACUACAUGUUCGACCUUUCUACCAAGAACAUAGCGUGCUUCAACAAUUAGCGACAAAUCGCUGUGAAAUAAAAAUAGGCGCAUGUCAUACGACGUCGUAUUGCGGAGGCGGCUGCGCGCAUGCGCUAGAAUGUAUACCAGCGUAGGAUUAUUUUUACCCUACUUUAAUGAGCUUUCGGGAGUUUGUGUUUUUUUUAUGCUUAUUUUUGAGUUUUGUCGUAUGUUAUGACUAUGUCGCUCCAUAUGUCCACUUUGAUCGAUGCCCACUUACUUUCCCUCAUAUUGUCAAAAUACUUUGUAGAAUAAAGAUUUUAGUUAUUACGUAAUGUUUUGAUAGAUAAGUUUUUGAUACUAUCAAUUACGUCACAUAGGUACAAGUUUUUUGUUUUAUGACUUAUGUCUCGUACAAUUAAAUUAUACUGCUAUGAGUAUAUUUUUGGGUUCAUUAUGUUACUUGUUUCAUUUCAAUAUACGUACAAAAAUUGAUAAAUAGUUAAUGAUAACCCCAAAAACUACACAAAAUAAUCCGUCAGCCCACGAUUAAUCAAUAAACGUCAAAAAAUCCUCCACGUAAUCCGGGAAUUUAUAAUAAUCUGGCAACACCGCCGCGCAAUUGGCGCGCGCGCGAAACGUUCCCUCAAAUCAACAUGGCGAGCGCUCCGGGAGCGCGCCUCGCAUCCAUUUAAACCGCCGGAAAACCUACCGAAAACCGUUCGCACAGCUCGGUACUAUCAAACGUGUAACCAGUUCCGUGGAAAAAUGUUAUAGUGUCCGUUUAAACGGUGUGUGGAUUUUUCCCGUGUCAGUGAGUUAUUGUUUGUUGCAUGAGUGGAACUGAUGGGGUGGGCGUGCGGGACGAUGGACGCGAUUCACCGGCUAGCACCGAGCAGCUAACAAAAUGCCUAGAAAAGGACUCGCUCGGGGUGGACAGCGUGGCGGUAGGUAGUCGACUCCGGGGCGCGAUGGGUACCCGCCCCCCGGCGCGGUUCUGGCCACAGCUGUGGGCGACCGUCGUCAGGAACCUGCUGCUCAAGAAACGGGACACUAGGAAGACCUUGGCGGAGGUCCUAGUGCCCCUCUACUCUCUGGGAGUGCUGAUCUUCCUGAAAAUGCUUGUGCCGAACCCGAACUUCCCAGAAGUGCGUAAGCCUGGCCGACUCUUGCGCAUCCACCACGACGCCUUUCCCGAGAACCACUCCGUCGCCGUCGUCGCAGAUUGGCUGAAUGCCAAUGGGACGGUGGAUUUUUUAGACAACAUAAACGGCAUGCUGGUGGCGUCAGGGCAGCAUCCCAUCCACUGGAUCAAGUACAACAAUACAGAGGAUUUGAACGAUGCGUAUCACAACGACGCUAGGAACUUUCCCAUAGCAGUCAUCUUUCAUACAGACCCUAGCUCGCUUAAUGAACCUCUUCGCUACACCAUACGGACCAAUCCCUCCCACAUCGGUACCCCCUCCACAAGAACACUAACAACGUCCCCAGCAAAAUGUAGAGAGAGGACGGGAGUGAAGGAUUGGUCUUCCGACUGGUCGCGAGGAGGGCAGUUGAUCCCUCUCUCAGAAAUGCACAGGGAAGACACGUGUCCAGUGCUACAGUAUUAUUACUCUGGCUUUCUGGCGCUGCAGACUUUAAUAGAUUAUAUCAAGAUAAAGCUAGAUACAGACUCGGCGAUUCCACCACCUCGCAUUGACCUUCGCCAGUUCCCAAAACCUCAGCACACUGGCGACUGGCUGGUGAUCUUCAGGGUCAUAAUGCCGAUGUACAUGGUGAUGACGUUGUCCCAGUUCAUCACUUACUUGCUGAUGUUUGUGGUGGGGGAGAAGGAGAAGAAGAUCAGGGAGGGAAUGAGGAUCAUGGGGUUGAAAGACUCUGUGUAUUGGGGUUCCUGGUUCCUCAUAUAUGCUGUAUUUGUUACAAUACUGUCUCUCGUCAGCACCGUUUUGUUGUUUACUUUGAAGGUGUUCCAGCAUUCUUCUUACAUCCUCAUUUUUCUUCUGAUGUUGCUCUUUGGGUUCACCAUCAUCACGUUUGCGUUUAUGCUGACGCCGUUCUUCGACAGAGCCAGGACUGCUGGUAUCCUAGGCAGUUUCGCGGUGAACCUCAUGAGCGGGUUGUACUUCAUCCAAGUAUUCGUGUCCAACGCGGACUCUCUAGCCUUCUGGUUUGUCUCCCUCAUCAGCUCCAGCUGCUACGCGCUCGCUAUGGACAAAGCUUUGGUUCUCGACAUGGCGGGUGUGGGCGUAACGUGGGACAAUCUGUGGAGCGGACCUGGUGUGCCGUUUGGAGGCAGUCUCAUAAUGAUGGCGGUGGAUACCGUGUUGUACGGUCUGGCUGCAUACUGGCUAGAUGCUGUCAUACCUAGUGAAUAUGGAAUCAAACAGAAGCCAUGGUUCUGCUUGCUGCCAUCGUUUUGGCUCGGCAGCCGCCGUGGUCGCGUCUCCGCGGUUCACUUCCAUUCCAAUGGCGAGGCGGCUCAUAACAAGGACAUCGAACCUGUACCCAGGGAGCUGCAAGACAAAGAAGCCAUCAGAAUUGUGGGUCUGCAAAAAAGCUUCCGUCACUGCAGACGACCUGAAGUGAAGGCUAUCGAUGGCAUAGACCUCAGCAUCUAUGAGGGUCAAAUAACAGCCGUGUUGGGCCACAACGGCGCUGGGAAGUCCACGCUAUUCAAUAUCUUGACUGGGCUGACAGCGCCCACCGCUGGGACAGCAUACGUUUACGGGCUGGAUGUGAGAGAUCCAAAUGACAUGUACGAGAUUCGUCAAAUGAUAGGAGUUUGUCCGCAACAAGACGUCCUCUUUGACCUGCUCUCCGUGAAGGAACACCUUCAGUUCUUCGCUUCGGUCAAGGGCAUACCAAGAAAGAGAAUUCCAGAAGAAAUCCACAAAGCAUUGGCAGAAGUAGGGCUUCUGGAUCAAGCUGGAGUGUUUGCCAAACAUUUAUCUGGAGGCCAAAAGAGGAAGCUCAGCAUCGCCAUCGCGUUCAUAGGAGACCCUAAGAUUAUAAUCCUGGACGAGCCCACAGCCGGCGUGGACCCUGUCUCCAGGAGACAGACCUGGCGAAUCCUGCAGCGCGCGAGGCGAGGGAAGGUGCUGCUCCUCACGACACACUUUAUGGAUGAGGCGGAUAUAUUGGGGGACAGGAAAGCUGUUAUUAGUAAAGGAAGGGUUCGAUGCGCUGGUACGUCAUUGUUUUUGAAGAAUAAGUUUGGUAUUGGAUACCAUUUGACUCUGGUGCUUGAUGGAGCGUGUCGCGAGCACCAGAUCACGCGCGUGGUGCGCGGACACGUGCCGCGCGCGGUGAAGGCGCGCCGCCACGGCCGCGAGCUGUCCUACAUCCUGCCGCACUACGCCGUGCAUCUGUUCCCGCCGCUCUUCCACGCUAUAGAGAAGGAGAUCGCCGAGAAGACCAACAGGCUUGGCAUCACAAGCUACGGAGUAUCAAUGACAACUCUCGAAGAAGUGUUCCUGAGUUUGGAGGGCGAGAACGCCGAGGAAACAGAAGCAGUGGAAGGAGUGUCGUCGGUGAAGUUAGUGCGAGCGAGGGCGCUAUCCAGGAGCCUCUCGCUGCAGAGCAAGACAUUGAGCUAUCAGGAACUAAAUGACAAGGACCUACAGAAGACACCGGCAUCUUUGCCCACACCUCCCGCGUCACACGCCUUGCAUUCCACCACACAUGGGGUAGAACAUGUCAAGGUAACACCAGAAGCGCCAGUAUCAGUAGAGGCAUUAGGAGAAGUGGUGAAGACGGAGCCGUCCUGCUGGCGAACUUUCUGCGCGCUCGUGUACAUCCGCACAGUGCGCAUGAUCCGGGACCCUUACAAACUCUACGUCAUGAUAUUCUUGCCUAUCAUAUCCUGCGCCCUCGGCCUCUACAUGAAGUCACGGCAGAUCGUGUUCUUCCGAAUGCAACCACUCAAACUUGACCCCAACGCGUACUUCAACCGAACACCCAUCGCCCUCUACAGCGAACAAAACAAUAUGAAAGACUUAACAGACCUUCGAGAAUCGUUGGAACUUCUCGGAGCUCAUCCUAUAGUGGAUUUCGAUGGAAACUUCUCGAAUCUUCUGGAUAUGGAGAACUUCGGAGCGUUCAGUUUGAAAGAGAGCUUGUUGCCGUACGGAAAGAUCAUGGCCUACUACAACACGACCUAUACACAUAGUCUGCCUAUUAUAAUCAAUUUGUUAGAUAAUAGUAUUUAUAGGGUACUAAUGUCAGCGUCGGGCAUGCUGGAGAACUUCAAGCCGAUCGAGGUGCUGUCGCAUCCGUUCCAGCAGACGGAACAGCAGGAGGAGUUCAACGUGGGCAACGUCAUCUGCGCAAUCUUCGUCGGCAUGAUCUUCGCGCUGGUGCCGGUCACGCUUGCCGUUGAUAUUGUUUAUGAUAGAGAGAUAAAAGCGAAGAAUCAACUGCGCGUGAACGGUCUAUCGAUGAGCAUGUACUUCCUCACCUACUUCACAAUCCUGAUUUUCAUCAUGAUCAUCACCAGCGCUGGAGUGCUCGUUUUGGUAAUCCUAAACGACAUCCCGAGCCUGACAAACGGUUCGGCCAUCACGAUGCUCUCCGGCCUUCUCCUACUCUACAGCCCGUCCGCCAUCUUGUUUAACACCUGUCUCUCGUACAUAUUCGACAAGAUGGACUCCGCGCAAAGCAUCAUGCCGAACAUCACUACUUGGGUCGGAGUCAUACCAUUUAUAUUGGUCGCUGUUCUUGACACUUUUAAAUGGGGUAGCGACAUAGCAUUCUACCUACACAUGGUGUUCAGCUUCCUGGACGUCAUGUAUAUACCAUAUGCCAUCAUAUACUACGUGGAUAGGGUGUAUUUAACCUGCAACCUGCGCGGGCUGUGCACCACGCCGUCCCUCGGGAGCUACUUCACGGCGGAGGUGUGGGUGUUGAUAUGUGCCACGUUGCUCCACGUGCCGCUCUGUGGCGCCGCGCUGAAGGCUGCUGACAGGCUGAAGUCGGGAGCUGAUCUGUGCCAGCGCGGUCGCAAGCCCUCGGAGCCAGGUCUAGACCCCGAGGUGGGGAUGUGUGGAGAGGGGGCGGCGGGGGAGGACGAGGACGUGCGCCGCGAGAGGAGACGCGUGGCGAGUCUGCUGCAGCAGCCCGCGCACAACAUGCCGCCGCUUGUUGUGCAUAACCUCCGCAAGGAGUACAAGGUGCGCGGCACGGGCGGCGACGGCGGCGGCUGCGUGUCGCGCGCGCCUGCGCACCGCGCGCGCCGCGCCGGCCUCGCGCGCCUCAGCCUCGCCGUCGAGGGCGGCGAGGUCUUCGGCCUGCUCGGGCACAACGGCGCCGGCAAAACCACCACCAUGAAGAUCAUCACCGCUGAGGAGCGGCCUACUUGCGGCACGGUGAUGCUGGGCAGUCAGAACAUCAGGGAGUCGCAGGCGUCCGCGUUCCGCAUGCUGGGCUACUGCCCGCAGCACGACGCGCUUUGGAAGAACGUCACCAUCCGCGAGCACAUCGAGUGCUACGCCGCCAUCCGGGGCGUUAGCAAGACUGAUACGCCCAGGAUCGUGGACGCGUACCUGCGCGGGCUGCAGAUAGCGGAGCACGCGGGCAAGCACGCCGACGAGUGCUCCGGCGGCACGCGCCGCAAGCUGUCCUUCGCGCUGGCCAUGGUGGGCGCGCCGCGCGUCGUGCUGCUGGACGAGCCCUCCACCGGCAUGGACCCACGCUCCAAGCGGUUCCUGUGGGACACCAUCCUUGCUAGCUUCCAGGGAAAGAAGGGUGCUAUACUGACAACACAUUCCAUGGAGGAGGCUGACGCGCUGUGCUCCAGAGUGGGUAUCAUGGUGAAGGGGAGUCUGAGGUGUAUCGGUUCCACGCAACAUUUGAAGAAUCUGUACGGCGCUGGCUACACGCUGGAGAUGAAGAUUGGACAGAGCUAUCAAAAGGCAACGAUGAUGGAGAACGAAAUGUCAAUGUCGCCAUCACCGUUGCGUUCGACAGAAAACUCACCAUCACUAGGGGAAGCUGAUGAAGUGCCUUUUAUGUUUGAUCAUCAGUUUCGUCUCUGGAAAAACUACCGAGGGUCGGGCUCGGGGUCUGUGUGCGAAGAGGGUGCCGAGGGCGAGACGGAGGCGGUGGACGCGAGCAUACACACGCCGCUCGUGGCCGGCACUCCGCCCCAUCUCACCAGGCAGCAUCAGAGGACGGAGUCGAGCGGAGGGGCGAGCGCUGAGGCAGCGAUCGCGCUAGUAGGGCAGCUGUUCCCCUCCGCAAUCCUGGAGGAGAACUUCGCCGAGAGACUCGUGUUCUCCGUGCCUCAGUCCGCGGUCUCCAGCCUCGCCAGAUGCUUCCAGCAGAUUGAGGAUGCGAAAGAAAAGCUAAACAUCAUAGAGUACAGUUUUAGUCAGACCACAUUAGAGCAGGUGUUCCUGAAAUUCGCACAAUCUGAAAACGUGGAAUCUUCAGAACAAGAACACUAGCAGAACGUUAAUCGUGUAAGUUUACGAAACGCUGUCCGUUUAUUUAGACAUAACGAUAACGCGAUCUAUAACCAUCGGUACCCUAGAUGACAUCAACUGAGAUGGGAUGAGAUAAUUGAAGCAAUAAAUAACUGUUCUGUCCAGUCGUGAAAUAUGGAACUGAAUUACCUACCUCAAUGUGUGAGACAUUGUUUUAGUGUUAGUGAUGUUAUGGUGUGCUAGGUCUGUAAGGAACCUGUCUCCUGUUUAAAUGUACUGUCAGAAAAUUUCUCAGAUUUCUGUCACUCUCAGUGUUGCCAACUGAAUGAUAAAAAGUAUAAAAAUUGCUUUGGUAAAAUCCAGUGAUGUUUAUUUGGUAGGAAAAAAAGGUGUUAAUUUUUGGACUACAUCUAUCUUGGUCUGUUAAACUAUUUUCAAAAUCCCUGGUAGUGCCCGUCCAAACCUAUUAUCCAGGCGUUAUAUUUUAACCAAUCAGACAAUCGUAUUUAAAAAUGUCGACGCCAUUUUUAUUACAUGACGUGUGAAUGUCAAAUAAAACGGACAGCAUUCGUAUAUGCUUUUUUGAAUGAAAAAGUUGUAAAAUAAUGAAUCGCUUCUGAUAUUACAAUAUCGUGUAGUUGAUUUCGUUGUGUUUAAAAGCUUUUUGUACAAGGUUCCCGUGUCCAGGCGUUGGUUUAGAAGCGGCGUUUUUUUGCACGCUUUAUUUUAUGUAGCAGUAUCUUUUGAACAUUGGUAUAAAAAUAAUUUGAAAAAACGUUGAUUUGUAACUUUUGUUAGAAAUACUUUCAAAGACCAACAAUAAACUCAGAUACUUGGCAAUAUUAAACGUAUGUGGCAUAUUAUUGACUAUAAUAGUGUGCGUUUAUGUUCAAAUAAUUUGUUAACAAGAUUAAUCCUUAAUAUUUCAAAAAUAAGAUCAAACUUCAAGAGUAUUUAACAAAUUUUAAGAAAAAAACAUAAAGCAACGUUUAAAAAAACGCAGCGCCUAAACAAACGCCGGAGCCGAACCACAAAGUUUCCGAUUUAAGAGAGAAUAUUGAUUAGGUGUGUCGUAGCCUUGGUAGCCAUGUUGACUGUGUGUUUUUAUAAUUUGAUACAACGUAUUAAUAUCCGUUUUAUAUAAAUAAUAGCAAUCAGUAGACAUAGAGUGAGCAUUGUGUCUGUCGUACGAUAUUGGAGGUGUAACCAAGUUAGCUUUCUGCAAUCGUUAUCGCUAACGUUAUGUAUAGGAAAGACAUGUUUUACUUAUCGUUAUCUACCGAUUACGCUACCGCGUAAUAUGUCACUCUUAUACAUUUUUUUAUACUUUCUAUUAGAGUUAACGAUUGAAGGUAGAUAUCUUGAAGACAACUCCUGGGGUAGAUUAGAAAAUGUUAGCAUUAACCGCCUGUUUUUCAAAAUUACGUAAACGUCAAAAUUAAGAUAGAUCUAGAUUCAUACAGUUAUGAAGGCAGUCCCUUCCUUUAUUUAUUUUUCUGAAAGAUCGAAUACGCAGUAAAGAUUUCUUUGGUCUUGUACUUGUGGCUGUUUGUUAACCGAUUUAAAAAAAGAAGGAGGUUAUCAAUUCGCCACAAAAUUAAUACCAUAUUGCAAUGUUAGUUAUUGAUUUUAAUAGAGAGCAAUUUAUAAAAAAAAAUCGUAACACGUUGUCCUUCUAGGAAAGUUAUUAUUUUACAGUAAAUGUUUUUGAAAUUGGCUAAAAUACAAUAUUUUAUAUUAACUUCGUAGCUUCGUGGAACCAAAAUAGCUUUACAAAAAUAAUGGCAGCUAAAACAAACAGGCACAAUGCUCACAAUAUCCAGGCAUACAAUUUACAAUAGAGUCGCGAAAAGGCCAUAGACAAAAAUAAUCUAGACUAGAUAUGUUAAAAGAAACCUCCAUUGUGAAUUGCGCGCCUUUUAUACAAAAUGAGAAAAAAAUAUAUCUUCAUGCGGUCUAACAGUGCCUAAGAUCUGGACAUGACCUAAAAUGUUACAUUUUUUAGUCGUGUAACGCAGUAAUAAUUUAAGGUUCGUUUUAGCGAGGGAACUUUUGUGAUUUUGUUUUAAUUUUCUAGUCAGCAACACUGACGAUAAGUAAUCAUGUUCAAAUUAAGAAUUUGACAAUAAAACGGUCAAAACCGUUUUGCAACAGAUUCCUUUUUUAAAAAUGACAAAGCAUAAACAAACUAUUUGGCGUUGCCAUAAGUAAAUAUGGAGAAUGAAUACUUAUCGUCACAUAAAGAUACAUUUAAGAAAUCUACAAUUUCAUAUUUGUUGCUAUGUUUCAUAAAAUCGAAACUAUGUAUAUUAUUACCGCAAAAUUGUUGAGAUUUGUCAAAAAAAAAACACUAGUCUUACAUAAUUAAUGAUCUUUAAAUAAAUAUAUAUGAUCAGUUCGAUAUAAGUUCGUUUGUACGUGUCGGAUGUGACUGAUGAGUGGGUAGAUCAUUUUGCAAUAGAUAAUUACGGGAUAUGGGCCAUAUUUUAAAUAAUUCACCAGAAUUUAGUCUCAGUGUUACUAUAGCUGUAAUUAUGUUAUUUAUAACCUGUAUUAUUAAUUUUAAUCCAUUUUAUUAUAUUUAAUUUUUUUUUUUUUAUAAUAAGAGUCCAUUCUUUAACAGAACAUGUUUUAAACAAUAGGUAUAUAAAAUAACGUUUAUUCGUACAUUCAUAGUUAUUAUUAUUUUAUUUUAUUUGGUCCUUUCCGUUUAUAAUGUUUUAAAGAAAACAUAAAAAUCUAAUGAUUAGGAAUCCUUUGCCCAUUUAUAAAAAAGUUAUUUAAAACAUGGCGCCAUUUGUUAUAGACUGUGUUGCCAGUCGUAUACAUUCAUAGUGAAAUCAUUUACAGUUAGUGUAAGGUUAUGAACAGUAUUAGAAUAAGUUACGAAUAUUAGUUGCCAGGUUUAGUUUAUAUGCUUUAAAAGUAUAUGUAUAUUUAUGCUAUCGUGUUUGAGGUUAAGUGGUUUGGAUUUUUUUAUUGACGAGCGGGUUGCUCCUCAGGGAAUAUGAUAAAAAUAGCAUCGCUAUACAGAAUAUUAAAUUACUUUUUAUAUGACACCGCGUUCGUUGCAGUGCAUCAAACGUAAUUAAAAUAUUUCAUUAUUAAGUCAUAUUGGCUUGAAAUGGCCUUUAUAUAUUGUUUGCAAUCAGACAAACAGACGAUUCGCGUGACGGAUUAACUACGUAAUAAAAUUGGAGUUGUAACGGCUAAGGUAACAAUAGAAAGCGCUUAAUACGACAUCGGUUGUAACGAUUAGUCGCCAUUUUUAAUAGAUGAUCUCAAUCGCUUUUUCGAUCUAUCUCAAAAAUGGAUCAACCAGAACAAAGUGUUUUAAACAAAGACAAAAUCAGUGAUUAAUAUUUUAUUUCCGCAUUUUAAACAACAUGAUAAAUACAAAGUAAUAUUUUUUCCGUUGAAUUAGCACGCAAAGAGCAAAUCAAUAAUAAAAAAUAUUUAUAUAUUUGCAAAGAAAAAUAUACAUUUAAAAUUAUUACGUUACUUUGUUGAGUUAAUGUGGAAUGUGAAUUUGGUCUAUUUUUGCCUCUGAAACCAAGAGAAAAUUAUACACUCGUUUUGCUAUCUAUGAUAAGAAAACCAAAUAUGGCAGUGUUUAUACAGUGUCGUGAUUGUAAUACGAUGUAAUUGUACUGUACUCUUUGAUUUGAAUAUGGAUCUUCGUGAAUUUUCUUAAAAAAAUCACCAAGUAUAAUUUUACCUUGAAGUUUAUUUAUGUUAUGGAGAUGAUUUAAUUCAGUUCUUUUUUUAUUUAAACUAGAGAACAAAUACUUUGAUUUUAGCAUUCAAAUAUUAUAUCUUGUACGAUUUUUUUAAAUUAUGACUUUAGUAAGUUUUUAUUAAGUUACAAUGUUAAUGUCUUUGUGUUUUAUUUGCCCAUAUUUAAUUCUAGCAUUAAAUGCUGUAGCCGUUACAAUUCUAUAUAUUUUUUAUUUCUUUUUUAUCAGAGAAUUGAUUUUCAAGCCAAAAAAAUAAGUAAAUUAUAAUCAAAAGCAAGUGGCUUUAAUUAGUAGAUUGUACUAUAAUUUAUACUUAUUAAAAUAUUAGAAAAUUGUGCUUUGCUUUAAAAAAUUAAACGUACUUCAGUUAUAAAAUUUGUACAACAAUAGCUAAUGUGACAUUAUAGUUUACAAGAAUUUAUUAUUGAAAUCUUAAUUUCCAACACUCAUAAUUUGUCUAAAUAUUUUUGUUACUACAUAUUAUUUAUUUUCAGCCAAAGAUAGCGAAGGAUACUGUAGAUCAGGGUUUCUCAAAGUGAGGUACGCGUACCCCUAGGAGUCCGCCAUUCGACGGUAGAGGGUCCGCGACAAGAUUUAUGUAAUGGAGGCUUGAUGACUAGCAGGCACGUGCGACACACACGGUGGCGCGUGCGCAACUAUUUAUUUCUUUCUAGGAGGGUUGAGGGGGAAGGGGGUUGGUUGAAUUAGUUAGUGAAGGGACUAGCUUUUAUCUAGAAAAAUUUACAGGGGUGCGUGGAGCCAAAAUUUGAGAAACCCUGCUGAUCUAUAGAUUACUUCCAUCUGAUCUAUUUAUCCUAAUGUCAUGAAAUGUAUUUAGAAUAAGAGCUUCGAAGCUGAAUUACGCUUAGGUUUAUUUUUGUGUGAUUUUUGUUAUGUAUUACUUUUUGUAUGCAUUUUUCCAUUUAAAAUCUAUAAAGGCCAAAAAGUUUGUCAACUUUUGGAUAGCUUCCUAACAACUUACCAAUAAUAAUGAUCAUUUGAAGCCGGCAUGAAUUUUAUACCACCUACCAUGCUCCUUAAAAAACUCAUCACCACGCUGUUGCGUUUCUGACAUUCUAUAAUUGACACGCCUUUAAAUACUGGGCUUAUUAUGAGCCGCAUAAAGUCCACUAAUGAACAUAGUCCUACCCUAAAGAUGGCCGACGGAACUGUCAAAAUCAGCCUACAUCUAUGGUAUUCCUACGAGGUAGUCACUUCGCCUUGCAAGUGGACGUCUAACGCUUGCCGGCACAGCUCGAUUACCAAUAAUUCAAUUGAUUGGAUUAGAAUGGAAAGAUCUACACAAACUAAUAUAACGACGCCAUUUUGUAUUUCUGGAAUGAAGUAAAAAAAAGAAAGUCUAAAAACAUUUUCAAAAAAUUACUCGUUAAACGCUAUGGAAAAAUGCAUAUAAACGUAAAAAUAUAUAUAGUAAGUAUAAUUUCUAUGAAAUCCAAUGGCGGAUAUCAUUUAAGUAUUUGCUGUUUGUAUGCUAUUUAAAAAUGAUUUACUUUAUAAAAUUGAUUUAACGGAUUCUUAAUUAUUCAGUAUUUAUUUUUGAACGGUAUUACAACCAAAAGAAAUAUGUUUUUUUUUCUAUAAUUUACAUAAUAUUGAACAAGGUGAUGGCCUAGUUGGAUGUGGAACGACCUCUAAUUUUUUUAAAGUUAUGUGUGUAUUCGUUAUGAAUCAUGGCUUGCAAUCAAUCAACAAAAAUAUCCUAAGAAAACCUGCAUACCUGAGAA